UCAGACAGGAGGAGGAGGAGGCAGGAAGGGAGAGGAAAACACACACUCACACACUGACCAAGAACUGACCACAGUCGGUGCGUGCGCGCGUCCCCCCCACACCCACUCCUGAGCUCAUUUCCCCCAAAUUCCCAGGCAUCGAUCUGCGGCCGCUUUGGAUGAUCCGAACCCCAGAGCUCUCCUCCUCCACCGGCACCACCAGCACCACCAGCAGCAGCACCGCCUCCAACCUCUCCGUCCUGCAUCAGCAGUCCGACCCGCACCUGGAUCCGCUGAGCGCCACCGCGCACCAGCGCUGAGCACCGCAUCUCGAGCGUCAUCCCGAGCAUCCGCGCGCAGGCAUGUCCCGGAGGAAGCAGAGCAACCCGCGGCAGAUCAAGAGGCCGCUGGACGAUGCCCUCGAGGAUGAGGAGGAGGAGUGCGUCUCGGAGGAGAACGAGCUGCCGGCCAAGGAGGAGUUCUCUGUGGAGGAGAACUUCUCUGCCGACUUUGAGCCAGAGAACCUGAGCUGUGAAGACAUGGAGUACUUCUGCAGCAAAGGUGAAGAAGAAGGCACCCGGGAUGUGGGGGACUUAGACGUUGAUGGACAGACCGAGAAACCCAGGCACCCUCCUCUCGAACCCGAGGACUGGGACGGACCAAGAGAGCUGGACAUUUUCAACAAAGACGGCGAGCGGCGCAUUCACAGCCGUCACCAGCUCCCAGUGGGCACCACCUGGGGACCCUUCGAGGGAAAGAUUGAGAUGAGCACGGAGGGCGGAGGCGGCGGUACCCUGAAGAGCAAGUGCUCCGUCCCGGUGGUGCUCAGUUCCGGCCCCAGGUGGCUGCUGGAUGUGACUUGGCAAGGGGCGGAAGACAACAAGAACAACUGCGUUGUGUACAGCAAAGGUGGACAGCUGUGGUGCACCACCACCAAGAACAUGGCUGAGGGCGAGGAGCUUGUGGCUUUCGCCGUGGACUUUGACUCCCGCCUCCAGGCAGUGGGCCACCCGUCGCUGACCGAGGGCAUGUACCCGGCGCGGCUGCUGGACACCAUCCAGCUACUCCCACAGCAGGCGGCCAUGGCCUCCAUCCUGCCCACCGCCAUCGUCAACAAAGACAUCUUCCCUUGCAAGGCGUGUGGCAUCUGGUACCGGAGCGAGAGGAACCUGCAGGCCCACCUCAUGUACUACUGUAGCGGGCGCCAGCGGGAGGCGGAUGCGGCCGUGGAGGAGAACGAGAGCAGCCCGCGCCACAGCCCCAGCGUGUGCCCUUUCCCCCAGUGCAACAAGAGCUUCUCGGGCCCCCGCGCGCUGGAGAUGCACCUCGCCACACACAACAGUGUCAAAAUGGAAGAGUCGCUCCCCCCUGGCACCAGCUUGAAAUGCACAAUCUGUAACUACACAGCCGAUUCUCUUAUUACAUUCCAGCACCACAUCCUCUCUCACCUGUCACAGGCGGCCUUCCGAUGCAAUCACUGCCAUAUCAGCUUCCAGAACCACAGGGAACUCUUACAGCAUCAGGACUUACACGGGCACGGAGGCAAGCUUCACAGGGAGAGCGACAGCGAGCACUCCCCGAGGGGUGCGGAGGAUAGCCUGCAGCAGGCCAGGGCCGAGUUGCUGCCCAGGAAGGACACCCUCCAGAGUCCCAAGAGUGCGCAAGGCAAGGAGAUCCACUCCGACGCCGAGCUGGACAAGGCUGAGAAGAAGCCGGCACUUGGCGCCCAGAAGGGAGACCCCCACCCGGGGAGCAAGGCCGGUUUUUCCUACACCCGCAUCAAGUCGGAGCCCUCGAGCCCCCGGCUUGCUUCCUCGCCGGUCCAGCACAGCAUGGGCCCUACAUUUCCCAUGGGGCCUUUCCUCUCCCAGUUCGCCUUUUCCCAGGACAUUUCUGUGGUCCCGCAAGCUUCGGAGAUACUGGCUAAAAUGUCGGAGCUGGUGCAUCGCAGAUUAAGGCACGGUGGGAACAGCUAUCCCCCAGUGAUAUACAGCCCACUGAUGCCAAAAGGCGCGACCUGUUUCGAAUGCAAUAUCACGUUCAAUAACCUGGACAACUACUUGGUCCACAAAAAGCACUAUUGCAACAGCCGCUGGCAGCACAUGGCCAAAUCGCCCGAUUUCUCUGGCGUUGCAGACAAAGUGGCAGAGGCCGUGAGCCCGAACAGCGGGCACGGCUCAGUGGGCAUGCUGGGCCCCUGCCACUCAUCCGACGCCGACGGUCAACUGAUGCAGUCAGCCUGCUUGAACUCCUCUGUCUUGGACAUAAUCAGCGCCGGGGGUAAAGUGCCUGACAAGGACCUCCCCGGGCAGGUUAAAAAAGUAUCUACACCCACUGGAACGGACGAGAGGCUCAACGGCAAGCAGGCGGACGGAAAGAGCCCUAACACGUCGCUGGCGGAAAACGACAAUGACCCCAACAAGACUACCUGCGAGGCCUGCAACAUCACCUUCAGCCGCCACGAGACCUACGUGGUUCACAAGCAGUACUACUGCGCCACGCGCCACGAACCGCCCAUGAAACGCAUGUCUACGAACAAGGUGCCUGCCAUGCAGAGGACGAUGCGGACGCGCAAGCGCAGGAAGAUGUACGAGAUGUGCCUGCCAGAUCAAGAGCAGAGGCCGCCCAUGGGCCAGCCGGGAUUUCUCGGGGUGCCCACCCUAGGAAGCCCUUGCACUUCUCAAGAAGCUGUGGAGAACUUGGCCGACCGCUUUCACCCAAGGUGCGAUAUCUUCCCAGGACUGGUCCCGAAACAUCUAGAAGCUUCUCUCACAGCUACAAAGUCGAUUCUUGCACCCAAAUGCAAUACAAUGGACCCGCAGGAACUCGACGCUCCUAUCGACCUCAGCAAAAAGUGCUCGCCGCACCCCGAAAAGACUUGCAGUUCUCCCAAAAGACUCUUGGACUACCACGAAUGUACGGUGUGCAAGAUAAGUUUCAACAAGGUGGAGAACUACCUGGCGCACAAACAGAACUUUUGUCCGGUGACCGCGACCCAGCACAACGAAAUCGGGAGUCUGGACCAGACCAUGUUCCCGGACGUAAAAACCGAAGGCAAUAACCCCGAGGACGUCUAUGAUAAGAGCUCCGUGAAGUGUGACAAAAACGGAAGCGCCAAGCUGAUCGCACAAAACGGUAGCGUCUUCUCCUCCCAUCUCGGUUCCCUGCCAGGGCUCAAGGCUUUCAACGAGGCUCAGCUCCUGCCCGGGAAGGAGGAGAACAAGAAUCUGUUUCUGCCCCAUUGCCUUUAUCCCGGAGCAAUAAAGAAGGUGAAAGGCACUGAGCAAAUAUCCCCAUAUUAUGGGAUAAAACCCAGUGAUUACAUCGCCGGGAACCUUGUCAUGCAAGGAGAACCCAGUGAGCUGGAGCAGGGCACAAACGGAGGGAGCGAGGCAACUAAAGUCCAGCAGGCACCCAACGGCUGCCCUCAUCCUGGUAAAGACCCUCUCCCGCUGCUGCCCAAAAACCGGAGCAUGGUGAUAGUCAAUGGAGGACAUAAGCCAGAGGAGAGGCCGGCUACCGUCGCCCCACAGCAAGAGAACCAGCCGCUGAGCUCUCAGCCUCCGGACGGUCACCCGUCGCCCACAUGGGUCUCGGAGAACCCCACCGACUCCAACGAGAACAUGUCGCCAUCGACCAAGUCUCCGACGGAGGAGGCCCCACCCACCAUUACAAAAGGCAUCAAUGGCUCGGCCCAGGCUACCGGAGGCGGCAAGUACUGCCGCCUCUGCGACAUCCAGUUCAACAACCUGUCAAACUUUAUAACCCAUAAGAAGUUUUACUGCUCGUCGCAUGCGGCCGAGCAUGUGAAAUAAGACCCCGCGCUCUCCCUCCCCCUCUUCUGUCGUGUCUGGAAUAGUGCAUCACGCAGUUUUAUACGCUGCUCGUGGACAAUCAAGGGAAGCUUCUUCUUUCAUCAUUUUGAGACUUAAUGCAAAUCAUUGGUAAAAAAGAAAAAAAAAUCGAGUGUAAUAUUGG